GUUGUAGGUCAUUUGUAGUCCAUGUAGACUUUCAUGUCCAACACGAACACAAAACAACGCAAUCACGGGGGCGGUCCCUGAUAUUCCCUGGUGGCACGAACGGACCAUAAUGCUGCCCGUUUGACGUCAGCAGGGGAGGCGCGCGAGGCAGGGUGCUGUUCUGGUGCUGAACCGAGGUACUGCGGGAAGAGCUGACGGGAGAUUCACGAGCACACGUAGCUCUUUUGCCGCCUCGGUCCUCCUCCUCCUCCAUCGGCUCUCCUCCAAGAAGAAAUCACAUCAGCUACUGAAGCAGCGUUUGUGGAUCAUUAGCGCGUGCGUGUGUCAUGGAACAUCGUAAAUAAUGGAAUAUGUAUACACUCUGCUCGCGCUCAUGGCGUACAUCGGUGUGAACGCGGAUAGGAAAAUUGGCUGCCUGUUUGACACUGAUCUCUGUGAAGACUAUGAGAUCUGUAUAAAUGAUGCUUUGUUUGGCCGGUGUCAGUCACCCCCGGCAACAGAGGUGUACACGUAUGACAUCACAGCAGCAGAGGUGGAUCGCUUGCGGACGUUACUUCAGAAGCUCUCUUACCGCGGGCUGACAUGGGAAGAUGAAACCACUCAACAGGUUCUGUCUAAAGAACUCGCCAAAUUGGACCGGAUUCCUGUCUACCUGACAGAGGCUGCUAACAGCAGGCCCGCCAUCCAGACUGAGGCUGCAGGAGACCAAUCAGUGAAGCCUUCAGAGGCAGAGCUCACCAGAAGUGUGCAGAAAUACCUGCAGCACCUGGGCUACCUGCCUAAAACCAAGACUGAUGGUUUCCCAUGGCAAACGCCCCCUCGAUCCCUCCCCUCCUGGAAGACGGCCAGCCUCCCCGUAGUGGAGCCAGAUGGUACGAUCCUGCUCCUAGCAGCGCUGCAGCAGUACCUGUCGCGGAGCGAACCAUCUCAGACAGAGGGGGCGGAGCCAUCUCAGACUGAGGGGGCGGAGCCGCUACCCUACGCAGCUGCCUCCAGGCCCCGCCUCUUCCUGUCACAUGGGGAGGCGGCUCCGCCUCUGGACAGGCUGCUGCCGAACAGUGGAGACCCUGUCUCUGCUGUAAAAGAGGUCCUCCUGCAGAAGGUGUUGCGGAGUGUAGAGCGCCCCCCUGUGGGCAGUCUGAGCGGCCGGGAGCUGGAGCAGCUGGCAGCGUUGGUGGCAGACACACUACCUGAGCAGGGGGGCGCUCCACAGGAGGACCCUGAGGAGGAGCAGGAGGAGGAGGAGCAGGGGGAGCUGCCUACUGAGCUACCCAGCAGAGAGGAGGAGGAGGAGCAGGGGGAGCUGCCUACUGAGAGCAGCAGAGAGGAGGAGGAGGAGGAGGAGGAGGCCACAGGAGCCACAGUGACCUCCUCCACCACCCAGCAGCCCUCAGCAGAAGAGAGAAAAAAGGAGAGGAGAAGCAGUUCAGAUGAAGAAGAGCAGCAGCGCCAAGCCGAGGUGACGCAGGUGUCCGGCUGGAUCAGUGAGCAGCGGCUGGCGCCCCCCGCAGGCCUGGAGGCCAAACUGCAGCCUCCGCUGGCGCGUCCCGCCCACGUGGCCGAGCUGCAGCUGGAUCGUCCAGACUUAGGCCUACGGAUACGCUGGUCGUUACCCACUGAUAAGGGUCUGCAGCUGAUGGAGAUGUUGGCUCACAGGGCUAACAUCCAGAUGACCGACUUCCUGGAACUCUCAGUGAUAGGUUCCGCAGUGAUCUUUAGGGUUCGCUCUAAUGCCCAGAACGUCUCUACUGCUGAUGUUGCAAGUAUAGCAGAGCACCAGAGGGAGGCGCUAGAGAAGGAGGCCAAAGUCAAGAUCCUGGAGGCUGGAGUAACAGACAAGACAAAGCUGAAGCAGCUGCCCACUAAGUACAGUCGGUCUGAGUCCACUAAGUACCUGGUUCUGACAGCGGUGUCUCUGGUGUGCAUCGUGGCCGUGCUGAUGGCGUCGGUGGUGGUGUACUGCCUACGUCACCGCUCCCACCACAAGCUCAAGGAGAAGCUCUCCACCCUGGGCACCGACACGGCCUCGGACGCUACCGCCACCUACCAGGAGUUGUGUCGUCAGCGUAUGGCAGUGAAGCCCCCAGUGGAGAGGGCGGAGUCUCGCAUAAACAGUGUGUCAUCGCAGUUGAGUGACGGCCCGAUGCCCAGCCCCUCCCGCACAAGCACCGCCUCCUGGAGCGAAGAACCCGCCCACUCCAACAUGGACAUCUCCACAGGACACAUGAUACUGUCGUAUAUGGAGGACCACUUGAAGAACAAGGACCGGCUGGAGCGCGAGUGGGCGGGGCUAUGCGCCUACGAGGCGGAGCCUAACGCCACCACAGUGGGCCUCCGAGACGGCAAUGCCAAGAGGAACCGCUGCAGCAGCGUAGUGGCAUAUGAUCACUCUAGGAUUACUCUGCGUUUGGAAAAUAGCCAAGGAACAUCAGACUAUAUCAAUGCCAGCCCAAUAAUGGACCAUGAUCCGCGGUAUCCUGCAUAUAUCGCUACUCAGGGGCCUCUGCCAUCCACAGUGGCUGACUUCUGGCAGAUGGUGUGGGAGAGUGGGGCAGUAGUAAUCGUGAUGUUGACGCCGCUAACUGAAGGUGGAGUAAAACAGUGCUACCACUACUGGCCUGAUGAAGGAUCCAACCUCUAUCACAUCUAUGAGGUCAACCUGGUGUCAGAACAUGUGUGGUGUGAGGACUUCCUGGUGCGGAGCUUUUACCUGAAGAACAUGCAGAGCAACGAGAGUAGAACCGUCUCCCAGUUCCACUACCACACCUGGUUACCUAGCAACGUACCAGAGACUCAGAGCCUGCUCGACUUCCGCAGAAAAGUAAACAAGUGUUACAGAGGCCGCUCCUGCCCUAUCAUCGUACACUGCAGUGAUGGAUCAGGGAGGACUGGUACAUAUAUUCUGAUUGACAUGGUUCUCAACAAGAUGGCCAAAGGGGCCAAAGAGAUUGAUAUUGCGGCAACCUUGGAACACCUUCGUGAUCAAAGAGCAUGCAUGGUGCAGACAAAGGAGCAGUUUGAGUUUGCUCUCACAACAGUCGCUGAGGAGGUCAACGCCAUCCUCAAAGCUCUGCCUCAGUGACCACACACACACACGCACACAGUCAUCUACAGCCACACACACACACACACACACACACAGUCAUCUACAGCCACAGCAGACACACACACACACACACACACACACACACAGACA